UGGAAUAGCUCACAGGAGCUACAGACACACGGUUUAUGCAUCUCACUCCAGCUCUGGCUAUGUACACGCGGUAUUUAGUGUUGUGAUCCGUGAAAAUGUCGGGACUCCGACGAACAACUAUGAAUGAAAUACUAGCUGGGUUUGUGACUUUUCUUGUGUGUGUCAACGCACGGUUUAUCAACUUUGUGCCGGGAUUUGAAUAUCAGUACAAGUUCAACUCGAAGGCUGACGUGAAGAGUAUCGGGGAAUUCCACAUAUCGGCAAAGGUCGGGUACACGAACAUCAGGGAAGACGAUGAAGGGCAGGAAGUGUCACUGAGGGUUUACACCUUGUCCCUCAACACAAAAAAAUCACAAGACGUGGUUGGACAUGACUGGGAUUUUUCGAGAUGGUUUUCGUUUGUAAUUACACCCCAUGGGGAGAUCGUCCACGUCUAUCACCCUGCACACGACGAUGAUGAGGCAGUCGCCAUCAAGAAGGGCCUCGCGGCUUUGUUUGCUGGUCGACUGCACCACGAGUCAGAGAAAGUUUCCCGGAGAACUGAGGUGGGCUGGCGGUACAGCGUUCAAGAGACAGGACAAGAAGGUGUUCACCAGGCCUCGUAUAAUGUUCGUCCAAGCAAAGAAGGGCAUGUAUUCACCAAGACACGACAUCCGAAAGGUCACCCAGUCAAACAUGCGUCUUCCGAGUACACCAAGACUCUAUACUAUAGCAAGGAUCUGGGCAACAUUCACUCAGUGGAGAUCAACGAGACGUUCAAGGUCAUGCAUAAAGUCCAGGAUGGGUAUGAGCCAUUCGAAAACUCCAGGCCUGUGAAAGCAGUGAACGAGUUUACAAAUCUAGAAUAUCCUGAGUUAUCUGCCCUUGGAACGGGGAAGUUGGAGUUUCUCACACGAUACAAACUCCGCCAUGUUCCCUCGAGACCGGCUGACGCCACCACAAGAUCAUCCAUAUCCAUUGACAAGGUCAGUCGCAAGAAACCGAAUACAGUGGUGGUAAAAGACGAAAUGAAAUAUAUCACCUCCAAUUUGACCUGCAUGCGUAACGAACCACAAAAGGGAUCUAAGCGACUCACGCAGUGUUUUAUGGGAGUCCUGGCCUGUCUCAAGGUGUUGCCUGAUGACUACAUCGACAUGCUUGCCAAGAAAUAUUUCACGCCAAAGCCCAGACACCCACAUGACGUCAAAGACCGGAACCACAUGUUUGACGCCAUUGCUGCGAUGAAUACUGUCCACUCUCAGCGAUUACUCCUGGAUACCGUCCUCAACGUUACCAGACCAAACGCCUUCCUUGUCAAGAGACUCCUCAUGCAUAUUGUUACCAUGGAAACACCACCCAUUGACGAUAUUAUCAUCAAACUUGAGGAGUUGUGUUUCCGGCCUGACCACUCCCCUUCCGAGCUUCAAGACACGGAGACGCAUCACCGUAUUGUGUUGGCCGUUGGCGUGGUUGCUAAGCGGCUGUGGGCCGUUGGGAGAAAACAGGAAGCGUCGCAAAUAGUGGGGAAAAUUGAAUCCUGGCUGGGUUUGCAUGAUCCCUGGCUGUACCGACACAAGCGCGCGCUGAUGACAGAGAAGCAAAUGUUGACAUAUGAUCAUUGGCGCGUGGUUCUUCUUGAAUCCCUCGGCAACGCCGGACUCGACCAAUCAUACGACUACAUUGUGUCACAUGUCAAUGACACCAAUUCUCAGUGGGUGAAAAGGGCGGGAAUACACGCGAUGAGGAAAUAUGAUCAUGAUGCAGCAGUGCACCUGAUGAUGAAGACAGCCUUGUAUGAUGAAGAUGAUAAAGUACGGUUUGAAGCCCUUCUACAAUACCAGGCACAUCCGAGGGCGGCAAGUGUUGCAGCCAGCUACAUCAAACAAGGAACGGUAAACGGUUCGAUCUUCUACCAGAACCCAAGCCUCGGUUCCCAGGACAUCCAGGUGCUUGACCGGCACAAGAGAGGGAUAUUAGACGAGACUAUAGAGUUCCUGCUGCAGGCACCGGGUGUCAACUGGAAGAAGCUGCUUGGGUCCCUUAAGAUUGGAGCGUCAUUCGGCGUCAACCUGGAAAAUCUUUUGGAUUUCAAGAUAGCUCCCCUGGACGGCCACGCUAAGUUAACUGUCUACGAUGAAGCAUACGCGAUGGUUCAUCUUGGAGUUCUGGGACAAAACGUCGACUUCUUCAGGGCAAGGCUGUGUUUCAAGGGCAGCGCCUCCUACAAUCUUAACCUGCUGCAGGAAUUUGAUAUCGACAGUAUUAAGAAACUGGUGGAGCUCUAUGAUAAAAUCAAAGGCGACGUCGUUGACGCUAUUGAGGUAGGCGUUGACCUGUUCAAAGACAUCAUCAGGGGCGAUCCGUCCAUUGGGGAUAUGAUGGACGAGUUCAAGCAGGCGCUGGAAGAAAUGCCCGAGAAGGUGGUGGAGGUUGGGAAGAAAUCAGCACUGGCCAUGGCAGCGAUGGGCGAGAUCGACGAGGACCAGUUACCUCCCUUUAUUCGCCCCACGCGGAACCUGAUUGUCAAGGUCACGAAUCUGUACAAAGACAUUAAGGGAGCCGUCAUGACGUUCUACAAUACGCUGAUGGAGACUAUUACCGUUGUCAUCCCACGGGCCGGGGAACAGAUUUUCAAGUCUAUUAAAACUAUUGUUGACGGCUUCAAGAACUUCAACAACGACCCGAAGCAAGCGAUAUCCGGUAUCGCCGGCAACGUCAUAACGAUUGGCAUGGAAGUGAAGAAUCUGGUUGAGGCAAUAAACAAAACAAAGCAAGCAUGUUUCUUUUUGAAAAAGGAGAAGCCCUACUGGUGGGACCUUCGCGGUCAGAUAUCGGAAAUAAGGGCAAUGGCGUCUAACGCCACCUCCGCCCUCAGAACGGGAGGGUCAGCAUGGGUCAACGACGUGGUCAAGGGAAAGAAGGACCCAAUUGCCGAGUUUACUAAAGGAAAAACUACCAUGGCCGAGCAGAAGCAGGAGGUGAUUGAUAUUGUGAAGGGCAUCGUGGAUGAUCUCCUGGCUCCCCUUGACGGCCUCAAGAACCUGGGCGGGAGGUUCGUGGAGACAUACGAGAAGGUUUUCAAGGUCGUGCAAGACAUCAAAGAAGCUUUCGACGCUCUUCGAGAGGGUUACCGCACAGCGCGUUCUCUGAUUGAUCGUGUAUUUGGACCCAAGUGCCACAAGGCCUUCCCUCGCACCCUCAGACAGACCGGGGGUGGCUGUGACGGGCAUGGAAGUUACCCCUCCCGCCUAAAGAAUGGGAAACCAGAGUACGAGAACGACGGCGUGGACAUAACCAUUAUGAAAGGCAAAUCUGUGGUCGCCCCCUUCCCCGGAAUCAUCAUGCUGUCCAACAAGCCAAAUGAAGUGGUCAUCAAGGCGACUGGAGGCUCCCUCAAGAACACAGACAUCAUCAUCACCAACGUCAACCCCAAUUCCACUAUUCAACAUCCAAACGACGGCCUUUAUGUCGACAACCAGGUGGUAGCUGGUCAGGUGAUUGGAGUGGCCACGGAGUCAGGGUGCGGCAGCAACAACCACAUCCACUUCGCCAUGCGACGUCCUGGCGGUCCUGUGGAACCCACACGAUUCCUGGAGCCUCGGAUACCCGAGAUACCAAAGUGGAUCCAGGAAUGUGAUGAUUACAAGCUGGUCUGGAAGUUUGAGACUGUCGCGGCGGGCUCCGUCAUUGGUCUGCUUGGCAAGGACGAGAAUGACACCAGUCCCGAGAGAAAGGGAGAGAAUAUCGACAAUCCGCCCAACGUCGACCCGGACAAAGAUCCAUCCAAGAUCCUGAGUGCUGCAAACAACCAGCCUGACUCUAUGUACCAGAAACAGAAGACAAAGAAGACCGAGAUAGAUAAUAAAGCCAGCAAAACAAAUGAUACUGCGCUGAAGGCCUUGUUCAAGAAACCUGCUGCCUUUAUGAAGAAGUUCUCUGUGAGGAACCUGAAGCUGGGAGCAUUGCUAGACAUCAUGGAUAUACUCGGUCUGGACGACAGCCAGCGCAAAAUGGCGGACGUCAUCACCCUCAUCAAGGAGAUGAUUGACAACAAGCCAUGCUUCAACCCAAACCAACUGACGGACGACCAACUGAGGACUGAGCUGACUGAAAGAGGACAGAGAGCUGAUGGUACCAGAGAACAGAUGAUAAACAGGAUCACCACACCACAGAACAAGUGUCCGGCCAUGAAGAUAGGGAUGCCAAAGAACAUCUACUGCACGUUCGACAGCAUGUGUCUUGGACUGGAGUGCUGUGCUCACUUUAAACUCUUCAUGUUCCGGAAGGCCUACAAGGUGUAUGCCAGGCUGGAUCCCUGCGACUUCCAGUUCAUUGUAGGUGUGGAGAAGAAGUUCGAGAAGAAGUUUGGAGCUCUGGACGGCCUUAAAGAUAUUGUCGCAGGAUUCGACAAGACACUGAAGACAGGCAUCAAGCUAAAUAUUCUUGGCGGCAUUGAGCUGGUUGUCAGAGUCAGACUUGAGAAGGAUGAGUUCGUGUCACUGAUCACGUUGGGAGCAGGUUUCUGCGCCCAGGACGAUGCUGAGAACUGCAUCGCAUUCUUCAACAUCCUCGAUGAGGCACCCACACCUCUGCCCAUCUGCCUCGAUGACGGCACAAUGCGUUGGCCCAAGAUUGACUACAAGGCCCUAUUUGACAAGGAAGCCAUUAAAAAGCGGAUCAGGGAGAAGGGGUCCCAGCUGGUCAAGGACACCAUCAACAAGGGCAUAGAGGAAGUACUGGCCCUUGUCCCAUGUAUAUCGAAAACUGCCCCAGGCAAGUCUGCCCCCUGCCAUCGCCCAGAGACCUUCACCCAGGACCUUCUGAAGCAGACCCUCCAGGAGAGGGGGCUCGCCAUAUCUGGAACCAAGACUCAGCUGGAACAGAGGCUCAGGGAUGCUGAUAAAAUGUGUACUGUCCUUGGAAAGACACUGACCUUACCAGCCAUAAGAAGUUCAAAGCUGGACAAGAUCAUCUACAUGUCAAUUUCUUCCAAUUGUCUCCGGGUUGACGUAUGUGUGGACGCCGAGAUCAAGGCUAUUGGCUUCAACAAGGCAUUCAGAGCCUAUAUUGAGCUGGACCCCUGUAGAUUCACUCUCCUGCUCAACUUUGAGACCUGCACCCACGAGGUUAUACUCUUUGGCUAUGCUUGGGGUACUCCUUCUGAGCUGAAGUUAUCUGACGAAGUGAUCAUCAAGUACACAAUAGACCGUGACGAGACGAGGAAGGUCUUUAUAGUCACCAUGGGUCUGAAGCUGGGUAUUGGGUCUGAACCCAUCCUCGACUCCACCUUCUUGGAGAACUUUGAUGUCCCUAUUCCUCUGUGCAAUGAAAACUUUUCUCUACCAGGAACCGGUUCCAUCAAGGACCUGGCCAAACAGAUGGGAGGAAAACUUAUUGGCGAAGUGGUAGACGUUAUCUUCAAAAAACUUAAACUUGAUACCGUAUUUACUAAUGGCCCUUGUUCACUGGGAUCAUCACCAGCAGACUGCCCCUGGCAGCUCCCCAACAUCACCAACUAUCUGCCCUCAAGCUUCCAGGACAAGGUCACCUGUGGUCUGCCAGAGAACUGCUUUGGUGUCCAGUGCUGUGUGGACUUCGUCUUUAACAUACCUCUGUUUGACCAGCCUCUUCUCAAGAGCAUCCCUUUCUUCCUCAAGUUCGAGCCAUGUAAUUUUACAGUGGAGGUUGGAUUUGGGUCGUAUUAUCAUAAAGAAACGCUUCUGGAAUAUAACUGGGGCAGUGUAACAGCUCUGGAAAUUGGAGAAGGAGACCCAUCCCCUAUCAUCAUAAGCUUCUCCGUUUCUAAGUACAGCCAGGGUUUUAUCAUUGACCUGAGCGUGACCACGUGUAUCCCGAUAGACGACGAGGGCUUCUGUUUCCCAGACGGAGGUCUACAGCUGAUGAAGGGGGAGAAGAUACCUGCAUGUGAUGCCAAGGCUUUGGUGGAGUUCUCAAAACAGAAUUUCUCGCUGUCAGAGUGGACAAAGGAACUGGGUCUGGAUGCUGCCCAGGCUCUAUCUCAGUCUGCUGCAAGGCUGCUGCUGGACAAGUUUGGCAUCGCUGAGUACUUGAAGGAGGAGAGGUGUGAUGUCCAGAGGGAUCCCUACACCCCGAGUGUGGAUGGAUGGAGGAAUGAAUGUCCAAAGAGCAUCCGGAAGCUCCCGAAACUGCCUCAAGGAUUGCACUGCCAUCUAUCGGCCUCGUGCACCAAAAUCGACUGCUGUUUUGAUGUCCCCUUUCUUCAAAUGUCCUUCAACGCCAUCCUUAAUGUCGACAUGUGUGACUACUUCAUAUUUGCGGCUGUAGAGAAGAAAAACUUCACCUUCAACAUGCUGGGCGAUAAUGUCAACCUUAACACAGGAGUCUCAACAGGGGUCACUAUUGCAGAUGUAUUUAUUAUCGAUUUUGGUCUGAAGAAACAAGAUAAGAUGUUCAUCCUGGAUUUGAAGGUUCAAGUUUGCUUUGAAAAUGACAACUGUAUGAUAGAUCUUCCGGUUAUGACUGGUACUGAAGUUCCACAGCUCAUUUGUGACCUUGACGCAAAGGUCAACCUGAGAAAUUUUAGUCUCUCUGACUGGGCCAAAGCCAAAGGUCAAGAUCUAGGUCAAGGUCUGGCCAAGGCUGCUGUGAACCUCCUUCUGGAGCAGCUGGGGAUUAAAGAUAAGAUGCUGGACCCUCCUUGUGACCGAUCCAGUCUCAAGUACCAGCCUGCAGAUGCUGAUAACUGGAAGAAUGAUUCAGCCUACUGGAUUACGAAGUUGACCAUUCCUGCCAACUGUUACAUCAACGACAAAUGUCUUGGCAUCGACUGCUGCAUGCACAGCAACCUCCUCGACCUCUCCCUCCACACCGCCUUCACCAUAGAUCUGUGCAACUUCUACAUAGAGGGGUCUAUCAAAAAGUUCAGCUUUAGGCUUAAUAUACUGGAUUACAAAUGGGGGACAGAGACAGAGGUUACGAUAGAUGGAGUUCCAGUUUUAAAAAUGAAUUUCAAGAUCGAGCGUAUACUUUCCCAGCAGAUGUUUAUCGUGGACUUGACCGUGAGUCUGUGUCUACAGGGUGGGGACUGUGAGCUGGACCUGAAGAUAUUUGACCAAUCACAGCUCCCAAUGCCUGGCUGCGCUCCAAUACAGGGAUUCAAAAUACCAGAUUUCUCCCUGAACAACUGGCUGAAGGAAAGAGGAGGGGAGAUAACUGCUGCGCUGUCUGCCGUGCUGCUGGAGCAGCUGGGUAUAGACAAGUUCCUCCUGGAUGACCAGUGUGAGACCUACGUCACUCCAUACAAGGGAGCCAUCCAAGGCUGGAAGAACGAUUGUCCUGAGAACAUGACCCUCCCUGCUCUGCCCUCAAAUGUCGUCUGCUACAUCAGUGACUUCUGCACGGGGAUCUCUUGCUGUGCCAAAGUGCCGCAGAUCAGACGUAAUUUCAACGCACAUCUCUUCAUUGAUUCCUGUAACUUCUACAUGAGUGUCGGGAUUGAGAAAUUGGAGUUCAGCCAUACUCUGUUUGAGUAUGAUUGGGGUAAAACUGAGGAGAUCGACAUAGGCGGAGUGUUCAAGGCUGAGUUCAGCAUACAGAAUCUGCCGGGGGAGAAGAAGUUCCUGGUCAACCUCCAGCUGAAGGUGUGCCUUACCGCAGGGGCAGAAUGCCAGUUCAAGCUGCCCAUCUUUGUAGAUAUGUUGGUGCCUAAACCCUUCUGUGACUGGGAAGCCACAAAACAGCUCAAAGAUUUCUCCUUGACGGAGUUCGUAUCGACACAAGGAGCACAGCUGUCGGACAGGCUGAGUGACCUGCUGGUGGACAAACUAAUGGACACACUUGGACUUGCCUCAUAUCUCCAAGACACACCGUGCAGCCUAGCAACCCGAGGGCCGACAGGCUGGAACUCAGCAUGCCCCCUGGACAUAACGUUCCCCACCCUGCCCAACUCCCUGUCCUGCAGUGUACCUGAACACUGCACUGCUAUCGACUGCUGUCUCGACGUACCCCUCAUCAGCAAGAACAUCAACUUCAAGGUCGACCUUGACAUGUGCAGAAUGAGCCUCACUCUGGGUAUAGAGAAGCUGGAGUUCCGGAAGAUGUUAUUUAAAUACAGUUGGGGAACGCCUGACAGCUUCAACCUCAAGGGUGUCUUCAGGGCUGAUUUCACUAUAGAUAACCUGGAGGGGGAGAAACAGUUCCUGGUCAGUCUGAACAUCAGCGCUUGUUUUGAGGCAGACAAGGCCUGCGUGGUCACUGUACCUGUAGUGAUCCAGGCCAGGUUCCCCAACCCACUGUGUGACUGGAACUCAACUAAAGCACUUAAAGGUUUCUCUCUUGGCAACUGGCUGAGUCAGCAGAAUAUUGGCCCAGGGUCACUGACCUCCCUGUUGAGGUCCCAGCUGGCUGAGGCGCUGGGUAUCUCUCAGUACCUGCUUGAGCCCAUGUGUAACAGACAGGUUGGAAUAUACAAGGCAGAUAGCAACGGGUGGAAUACAGCUUGUCCCCGGAACCUGGCCCUCCCAAGUCUGCCCAACUCCCUGUCCUGCCAUAUCCCGGACUACUGCACUGGGCUUGACUGUUGUGUGACUGCUGCCAGCUUAGGGAUGUCCUUCAACGCCAAGAUACUACUGAACACGUGUGACUAUGUUCUCACAGUCGGCAUAGAGAAUCUGGUCUUCAAGACAGCACUCUUUAACUACAAGUGGGGUGAAUGGGAGCAAUUUAACUUAAAUGGAGUGGUUCGAAUUGAAUUUAAAAUUGAUGACUUAAAAGGGGAGCGGAAGUUCCUGGUUAGUCUGAAUGUGUCCCUGUGCUUUGAGGCAGAGUCCACAUGUCUGUUGUCUGUUCCCAUCAUUACCGAGGCUAAAUUCCCCAAGAUUCUCUGCAACUGGGAGGACAAGCUGUCUCUGAAAGGCUUUUCCCUGAAGACAUGGUUGGCAGAGAGUGGUUCUGCAGUGGGUUCACAGGUGACCGGCGUCCUUCUGUCCAAGCUCCUGGAUGAACUGCAGAUCACACAGUACCUGAAGGAUCCUCAGUGUCAGGCAGAUGCAGCACCAUAUGCUGGAGCUGUUGGAGGAUGGAAGAAGGACUGUCCUGCCAGUUUGACGCUGCCGUCUCUGCCGUCGGGGGUGACCUGUCAUCUGUCCGACCCAUGUGGCACUGUAGAGUGUUGUAUGUUUAUCGGCUUCAUCGGAGAUCUCAAUGUCAAGAUCGGCAUUGAUCCCUGUACCUACACGUUCACCAUGGGCAUUGAGAAGCUGGUAUUUACAAGGACCCUCUUCACUUACAGAUGGGGCCAGGUUGAACACUUCACUUUGAAAGGAGUCAUACAUGCUGACUUCAUGAUAGACGAGCUGUUCGGGGAGAAGAAGUUCCUCAUCAACCUGAAUGUCAGUGUGUGUUUUGAGGAAGACUCAUGUCUGCUGUCCUUCCCUGUGUUGAAGGACGUCAAGAUCCCCAAGCUUCUGUGUGACUGGGACAGUACUGUAGCCCUGAAAGAUUUCUCCCUGGAAAACUUCCUGAAAGAUCUCAAGGCAACCGGAGCAUCCAAGUUGUCGUCUGCCAUCUCAUCUCAGCUGCUGGAGCAGCUUGGUGUCGGGGCAUAUCUCAGGUCUCCGCAGUGUGACUCAGACUCCAGCAUGUAUGUCCCAGCUGUCAAGGGGUGGAAUAAUGAGUGUCCAAUUCAGGGGUUGGAUUCCUAUCUCCCUGCUUUUCUGAACUCUGUAGUCUGUCAUGUGACUGACAUCUGUACUGCCAUCAACUGCUGCAUCGACAUCGACUUCCUGUCACGCUCUUUCAACAUCUUCCUGACAGUGGACAUGUGCACCUAUCAACUGACAGUGGGCGUGGAGGACUUUGUCUACAAACGCAUGUUGUUCGACUACACCUGGGGAACCCCAGAUCACUUUUACAUCAAGGGAGUCUUUAGAAUUGACUACACAAUCAACAAACUGCCUGCUGAGCGGAAACUGGAGGUGUCUGCUACGGCCAGUGUCUGUCUGAAGGAGAGCGACUGCCUGUUCACACAGCAGCUGUUGAACAAGGCUAAAGUUCCACAACCUCUGUGUGACUGGAAGGGGAUGAUGCAGGCGAGGAAUUUUUCUUUGUCGUCGUGGUCUGUUGGUAAGGGCCUGUCAUCCGCUGUAUCGUCGCUGACCGACAGCUUGGUGUCUCAGCUCCUGGAUGACCUUGGCGUGUCCCAGUACUUCCUGCCUUCAGCUUGUGACCAGGCCGCCAGUCCAUACUUUCCAUUCAACAUCAACAACUGGAACAAGGCAUGCAGCAGCCUGACAGUCCCCGCCCUGCCGAACUCUGUGAAGUGCCACCUAGCAGCCAGUUGUUCAGCACUAGACUGCUGUGUGAAUAUCCCUCUAAUCAAGAGAACCAUCCAGGCCAAGUUUGAUGUGGAUGUCUGUGCUCUCGAGAUUACGAUGAGCAUUGAGAAACUGUCCUACAAGUUGUCAUUGUUGCAGUACACAUGGGGUGUAGCAGGGGACUUUAUUCUUGGAUCAAUGACAAGAAUUAGCUACAAGAUCGACCAUGUUGCUGCCUCCAAGAAGCUGGUGGUUGACUUGAGCAUCAAGGUGUGUUUGGAAGACAACUCAUGUAUACUGGAGGUGCCAGUCUUCUCCCAGUCAGAGAUAGUCUACUCUCCAUGUAACCCGAGUCUGCCUGUCCCAUUCAAAGGUGUGUCAUUCGACUUCUGGAAGUCUGAACCGUGCACCCAACCAGCCGCACCUUCAGGCUGCAGUGUGAACCUUCCUGCUUCCCUUGCCAACGUCUGCCAGCUGACAGACAACUGCAUGGGUGUGACUUGUUGCAAGGACAUCGACCUCAAGUACCUCGGCAUCUACUCCAUCUCAGCUGGCAUCAUGGCCGACCACUGCAAUGACCAGCUUCGCUACCAUAUAGAGAAUAAACAGUACACCAAGAACCUCGCUGCUAUUACAUAUGACAAGAACUUCACAGAGCCAGUUGGCAAUGCCAUCGAGAUCAGCUACAUGGUCAGCAAGACGCCAUCGUCUUACCAGCUGUCCCUCAACAUCAAGCUCUGCGCCCUUAAUGGUUACGACUUGACCGACACUUGCUAUUACUACACGCUAAUGGACAAGGUGACAUUCCAGAUACCAUCCUGUGCACCCCUUAGCAGGAGAAGGAGAGAUGUGAUUACUAUAGCUGAUACCCGUGAUCCCCGGGAGCUUCUCAACAAAGCCUUGGACAGGAAUGCCACCAAUGAGGAGCUGUACGCCCUCUUCGAUGAGCUACAGAAACUUGAGGAAGCAGACACCUCUAUGAACCUCCAAUUCCAAGACACAGAUGGUGCUGCCACCAACACAAAGACUGCGCUGAAUGAAAUGGGUCCAGCUAACCCAGGCACAAUCCUUUACUCUGGGGAGGUGGCCAACGGCGAUGUCACUGUCAAUAUGGAAGGAGGUGAGAAGAUAAUGCAGAUUCUUGGUGAUGCCAAGGACAUAGCAGGAAGAGUAGGACAGGCCUUCACAGUAGGGAAAGGUCUUACUGGGACAGGGGUCAAGCUACUAGGGGCUAAACUGGCCAACAUGACCAUUGGUCAGGUCAUCGCCAUGUUUGAUACGAAGAAUAUUGACCCCGAACAGGCUCUUCAGCUGACUAGAAAACUCAGAGACCUGGCUCUAGCACUGUAUUCAGAAAUCCUGAACGCAAUUAUUAAUGGAGAAGCGGGUGAAGCCUUCAAGUCCUUUGAUCUGACCCUUCAGGGCAGCUUCGGUUUCCCCAGGAUCAGUGUCAUAUUUUUUGAAUAUGAACAAUUCUUCUUAGUGGGUGGUUUAAUACCGAUGACAUUUGGAUGGGGUGCCGGGGCUUCCUAUGGAAUGGAUAUCGUUGUUGGUGCCAGGAUUCUGGGGAUGACAGCAUUUGGUACAGUUAUUCCCUACGCUAAUGCUCACGUGUAUGGUGAGCUUGGAAUAGGCGCCAUCCUGUACGGUAAACUGCGGCUGGACGGGUACAUCAUGACUGUUGCCUUUCCAUCCACUGCUGAGAUUGGCUUCUCUAAGUUCCCACUGGAUCUAGCCCUCAACAUGGACCUGGAACUCACUCCAAUUGAGCUGGUUCUCAGAGCUUUGGUUACCUUGGAAAUUAAGAUUCCAUUCAUUGGCCGAAUCAAGAAGACCUUGUUCUCCAAGAAGCUAUGGAGAUAUGCCACGCCUACAAUCAGAAAGAGGAUGAUAGAAGUGGGGAAGAAAGAGAAGGAUGAAUCACCACCUCAGUUCCUGCAAUAUGAAGACAGAACUGGAAACUCCCGCUCAAAGCGAGCAGCGACCACUACCCAGUGUUCCGUGCGACAGCUCCCGGAGAGAGACUACACUCAGCCUGCUAUAGAGAUAGCUGUGCAGGCCCAAGAUGACAGAAGUCAGGUGGAACUCUUCCUGGACGCUGGAACCAAACCUGGUCUGAGCGAUGUGCUCAGGAAGGCUGGACUUGGGGGGACCUUCUACUAUUAUUACACAGGUGAAAGAUUCUCGAAACAUGGAGUCCCAAUCUAUUUCACCGUUUUUGGUGAGAACAGCGCGGGUGAAAGGUCAGAGGUCACAUGCAAUAUUCUGACAUAUGAUGUGACACUUCCGGGUUGUCGGCUGACAGCAGACUUCAAAUCUACCAGCAGUCCAUCAGAACUUCGUGCAUCUGUUGUGGUUUACGAAGACUCGGAUAUCGUAGUGUCUAAUGUCGGAGUCGGUUUGGGCAGAGGCAUCUUUGGAGAUGAAAUCAUUGCUUUCAACGCCAUCGAUCUUAAGACUAGGAACAACAGAGCCUAUGAUGGUAGCUUCAGCGACCCAGUCGGUCAUGUUGCUCUGGGUCACUUCACGGGUCUGAAGGAAGGCCGGUUGACAGGGCCAGUCAUUGCAACCUUCACCCAAAUGAACCAUGCAGGCAAAUGUGCCAAGGAAUGCAUGAAAUAUCCGAACACCAAGUGUCUCAGCUUCAACUAUGACUAUGGUGUGAGUGGCGAGUGUGAACUGCUGGAAGCCAUUGAAGGACACGACUACAAGAUAUCAAGCUCUGGACGGUACACCCACUAUGAGCGCCUGGCCGUUGGGCUUGCCUAUGAGUUUGUUUACAAGGACCUGUCACUGCGUCACCAGGCUAUAUACUACUUCAACCUCCACAUCAUCAACUCCCUCAUGUACGAGAACAUCUUACACAGUAAAGGCAUUGUGGUGGAUCUCACCCCACCUGAACCAGGCCCUGUUGCAAAUGUCACUGUGGACAUGCUGGAGGUGACCACCUGUAGAAACAUUGUCCCUGACGACCGCCCUGACUGGGAGGAGAGAUGCAGAGGAAUUGACGGCGAUGUCAAGAACCACAGAACUCUUCACGAUGGCCCUGGCUCAAUGACCCUCUUUAAUGGCGACGAACCAUUGACAGAUCUGCUCUAUACCAGAGCCAACCGAUACGUGGCUGCAAACUGGGACGGCAUCAUGGACAAAGAAUCUGGCAUCCUUGGAUACUCCUGGACUGUGGGGAGACAGAUCUGUGAGGAGCUCGUCCACCCCCAUCAUGACCCUCACAAGCACCUGUUUGACCGGUCUGAGUGGACACACAGUGGAGUCAUCACAACUCUACCUGAAGCAUUGAACCCUCUUCCAGAUGGGAAAUAUUAUGUGACACUGCGAGCCCUGAACAAUGUGGAUUACGGAGGUCCACUUGUGACAACGAUCUGUCACACCACACCACUAAGCAUCGACAACACACAGCCAUUUGUGCACGAGGUAUUUGAUGUAGAAUAUGAUGAGGACACCUACAUCAUUACAGCGAAAUACAACGCAAGUGAUCCUGAAUCAGACAUUCGGGAGGUUGACCUUUGUCUAGGUCAGACAACUCGUGACUGCUACCAUCUUGAAUGGCAGAGGUCCAACCACAGCGAUCACGGUAUAAAGAGGACAUACCAGAUUCCGGGAGGAAUCCCUGUGUGGGUCAAAGUCCGAGCAAUUAACCAUGUUGAUCUGAUGCGAGUGGGCGUGGCCGAUCAUCCGAUCAUCAUCGACGCGACACCCCCUGUUGCUGGCACUGUCUAUGAUGGCCCUGUGUAUAAACACGACCUCAACUUCACAAAGGAUGCAGACAAGAUCUGUGCAAACUGGUUCAACUUCUACGACCCCGAAUCUGGCAUAUCCCACUACGAGGUGAUUGCCUUGAACGAUAGUGGUAUCGCCAUUUCCCAGCCUAUCGAUGUUGACCACAAGAUCCAUGAGACCUGCCUGGACAUGCCCACUGACCAGCUGUUGGAACACGGCAAGCGAUACGCCUUCAGUGUGACAGCCUUCAAUGCCGGACAUAAGCAAUUGAAUGUGACAUCAACAUCAGAUGGUGUGAUUGUUGACCUGACCCCUCCAGUGGCUGGAGAGGUGGUGGAUGGACGACGUGCGAACUUCACCGACACAGCAUACAGCCAACACGUGGCGACAGUGGCUACUCAAUGGAGGGGCUACUCCGACCCAGAGUCUAGCAUCAGAGAAUAUGCCGUGGAAGUACUCAGGGCAAGGAACCUGUCUGACGCCUUCGAGAUCUUGAGGAGCUGGAGAACACUCUCAAAGGACAUGAGUGAGGUCGAGUGGCACAACUUCCAUCUGAGUCAUCGUGAUGUCAUCAAGACAAAGUUGCGGGCUGUCAACAAUGCCCUUGGCAGCAUCGACGACUCCACUGAUGGCUUUGUCGUGGACCUUACACCGCCAAGGAUGGCAUUCCUUGGAGACGGAUCAGAAGCAGGGAAGGAUGCAGAUUUCCAGUUCUCCACUACCACCGUUGUGGCCAACUUCCGAUUUUAUGAUGAUGAAUCUGGUAUUGACCACUUCAAAUAUCAAGUGUAUCAAAGAUACCAGGGAAACAAGCAUCAAAUCCACCCAGCAACGGGGUGGGACACCAUCACUGAUCCACUCAGCACCAGCGUGAGUCACACGGGACUUGACAUGAAGCCUGGAGCUCUCUACAGCAUCAGAGUAGGGGCCGUCAACAGGGCUGGAGCUGUGGCAACAUAUGACACCAAUGGCGUCCUUCUGGACAACUCGAAACCUGAGAUGAAGUGGGUGUAUGUUGGCAUCUUCUCCGGCAGCACUGAGGAGUUGAUCAAUGGAUACGUCAUCCAGUCUGACAACAGUGGUAUAAUGGCCACGUGGUAUGCCACCGAUCAUGAAAGUGGCAUCAGCUCAUACUCUAUUGCUGUAGGAACUACUGAAGGUGGAACUGAUGUGCUGAACUGGAUGGAUGUUGGUGCAGAGAAGGACAAGUAUAUAAAUGGUCUGACCUUGACCCUGACCGACCCUGAGAAAAUGACCCCUCUGUACUAUGUCACUGUCAAGGCCACCAAUGGUGCUGGGCUGACCAGUGAGGUCAUCACCUCCAAUCCUAUUCGGGUAGUUGAUGAAGAUAAGCCAGGUGUUGUCAUUGAUGGUGCUGACUCCACAGAGACAGCAUCACAAAGUAUUGGUGUUGACAUCGACUACCAGAAGGACGCGGGAGUUAUGACUGUACAGUUUGCAGGUUUUGAGAGUCAAGAGCAUGGCGUGACAUAUUACGACUGGGCUGUAGGGACAACACCUGGUGGCGAGGAAGUACAACCCUUUAUCAAGGCUGGUCUUGUUCAUGAGGAGAAACAGUCAAACGUCCCUGGUUCUCUGAGUUACGGGUUCGGCCAGGCCGUGCUGCCCCUUGUCCCCAGCAUCAGCUACUACACCACCAUCAGAGGCAUCACAAAUGCCGGGAACAUCCUCGAGUCAACAUCAGAUGGAUUUGUUGUUGAUCAGACUCCCCCAGUUAUUAACCUUGAAAGUUUUGGUUCCGAGAGCAACAAGUCCAUGCUGACGCCAAGCACCCUGCUCUACCAGACAGAGGUAGAUUCCAUGACCACAUCAUGGAGAGUAGAGGACACGGAGAGUCCAGUCAAGAAGAUGUAUUUCUCUGUGGGGACCUACCCACAUGGUGCAGAUGUCCAGGCCAGGACAGAGGUGGACCUUCUACCAUCUGGGGAUGGGGCGCUGCCCACAGGGGUCAGUCCCAAUGCCAAAGGCAAAUCCAACAUCGUGACUGUGAUUGCCGAGAAUGAGCUUGGGCUGUCAUCUAGUAUUAUCUCCCCUUCAUUGGUGAUUGAUACCACUCCACCAACAGAGGGUGUGCUGAAGUGUCCAGGUUUCAUACAGCCACUGUCUGCCCUAGAAUGCACAUGGGAAGGUUUCUAUGAUGCACAGAGUGAGGUACAGGAGUUCACCUUCACUGUGGGAUCCCAUGAAGGUCUCGAAGAUGUCCUCGCACCUGUCAAGCUGUCCGGCCACGUGAACAAGUAUCUGACCUACGGUCUGUCACGAAAGGCAACCCAUGGUCAGACGUACUAUGCCAAGGUUACAGCCAAAAACACUGUUGGGAUGACUGCGUCUGCCAUCUCUAACGGCAUCAACGUUGACAACACACCUCCAACACAGGGGACAGUGGUAGAGCUUGGGUCAGCCUACAUCAUCAACGUCACAGAUCCCAUCUUGACUGAAAGAAUGAAUCCUUACAGUUGUGACUCAGGGGAAGACUGCAUGAGAAUUGACGCCACCUGUCAAGAGUCCUUGUCAACAGUUCUUGUUGCCUGGGCAGACUUCACUGAUGAAGAGACAGGGAUUGUCAGGUAUGAGAUUGCUGUUGGUAACACACCUGGAGGUGGCCAGUUGAGACCCUUCUUUGAAGUUGUCGACAUCACGAAGAGAUAUAUGUCAGUCACAGGACUGGCACUGAAAGGACAAAGACAGAUAUUUGUGACUGUGAAAGCCACCAACGGCGCCGGCCUCAGCACAGUGUCAACUUCCAAUGGUAUAUACAUGUCAUACCUCAGUCAAGGGCAGGAGCCCAUCACUCAUGUGGGCGUUGUAGAUGGUGGAACCAGCAAUGGUGAUCUUGACUUCCAGGCCAGUCUGUCCAGUAUUAGUGCCCAAUGGGACGUGUCUGGUGACCCUUGUCCAGUGAGGAAGUACGAGUGGGCGAUACAGAGGGCUGAUGGUCAUAUCGUCCAGGCGUUUGUGGAUACAGAAGGUCGCACCUAUGGUACCAAUGAUGAAAUGGAGAUGAAGAACAAGGAGAGAUACUACCAGCUCCUGAGAGUGACCAACGCCCUGAACUUCACCUACACACUCAGGUCAAAUGGUAUCACUAUCGAGGAGGACCCCCUUCUCCCAGGGCAGGUCAAUGAUGGCGAUGUGGUCGGCUUUGACCUCGAGUUCUUCAGAACCAAGACAAAGAUCAGCGCCAACUGGGAUAACUUUGGCAGCGACACCACUGUGGGCACCAUCAUUGCAGACAAUGUAGUUCCUCAGGGCAGUGCAGGAAAGUCAUCAAGCCAGGAAGUGGUUUACUAUGAGGUUGCGGUAGGAACCGACCGCCGCUUCCCCAAAACACGUGACAACAUUGUGCCCUUUACAAACGUGGGACUCAACAAGACUGUGACCUUCUUUGAUCUUGACCUUACUCCAGUGACUGCCUUCUAUUACUUCACUGUCCGAGCACACAGUAGUUCUGGGUCAAAGGCAGAGGUCACUUCUAAUGGCUUCUCAGUUGGGUUCGAUGGAGGAGUUACAGCUGGGACUAUAGAAAUGAAGAACUAUGUUAAUAUCAACACAAUGCUGGAGAUACCAUGGGACGGGUUCGAAUCCAAGAUCGGAAUGAUGAUGUACUACGUGGCUUUGUCCAACCACACCAACGCCAUGGAAUACAAGUGUGGACAAUUUACGGAGCGCGGAUCUAUGACUGAUGAGACAAGGUCGUCUUUGUUUAAUGUUAUCGACAUCCAGAAUGUGGGCACGGAUACCUACAAGAAAUUUGACAAUUUGACUCUGGCACAGAAUGGCGAAUAUUACGCAUGGGUCAUUGGUGCUGACAAGGCCGGUGAGUGCAACAUGACGUACCACAGAUUCAGGGUGGACAUCACACCACCAACACAAGGCAAGAUCAGAACAGGGCCCUACUAUGAUCUGGUGGCCAGUUACGCCGCCAGCAGCCGAAGUCUCCAAGCCCACUGGAAGGACUACAGAGAUGAGGAGUCUGGGCUGCGAUGCUACCACGUGUCCUUGCUGAGGCGUGCGACCUGUCAAGAUGGCGCAGUGGAGGAGGUGGUGGUGCCAAGCAUUGAGAUAGAAGCAGAGUACAACUCCUACAAAUUCAUAGAUAUCAACAUGGAGAGGGACACCCCAUACAUAGUCCGACUGAUGACUGAGAACAACGCAGGACUGAGGAGUAUAACUGACUCCCCUCCAGCUCUGUACGACAACUCCGCCCCCACCCCAGGGAGAAUCGUGGAUGGAGUGGACUUCACAAAGGAUAUCAGCUGGAUCGGAACUUCUAGUGAGGUUAAAGGAACAUUCCUGCACCAUCCAGUGCCUGACACGUCUGCCUGUCCAGUCCGACCAAUCAAAUUCAAUGAUGCAGGAUGGAAAUUCUUCGAAUCGAACCGGAACUUCGACAGCCAUAACACCAGUUUGAGCUUAACCUACAGCGCUGCCUAUGUCCAACGCACUACCAGUGGCGACUCCAUGGACAUUAAACUUACCAGAGACACCAAGAAAGAUGCCAUGAUGUCUGGAACCUACUUUAGAGAUGCUGACCUCGUCAAUGGAGGAGAGUAUGAGUUUUCUAUCAAGUCGGCAAAAGGUGACGGCAAGGUUGUGACCAGCGUUCUGUUCUGGGACGGGCCUGAAGACUACAUCAUUGACUACGACUACACCCCUGUGCCACCAUGGGAGGACAGCAACUGCGCCUGCUGCUUUGUCGACCCAAUUCCAACUAGCUGCAAGUGCAACUGUACCGUGUACAAAAAAGUGAAAGAAAUCAACAGGAGCCUGUCAAAACGAUCCAUCGUUGGUGACGACCCUGCUGUAGAGUAUGAAGUGGUCAAGUUGACGAAGGAGGAGAAGGAAGCCUUAAGGAAGACAGACUCCAUCACAGAUGGCGCUGAAGUAGCUCAAAUAAAGAGGGAGCCAAGAAGUUCCUGUGGGCUUCAGAUAUUUGCUGGUGGAGAUAAACCAGGAAGACUAGUUGCAUGGUGCAGCUAUGCUGAUCUUUUGAAUAUACCAAUGGUGGAUGUGCGAGAUCUCAAUAUAGACCCAUCGGCCUCAUACCAUGCCUACAGCAUCAACUUCUUCAUACAGAGACCAGAAGCUCGGGACUCUGAGCUUACAUGGUGCAUGACAGUCCACAUGGAUGGGGAGUUAAUAUCGGAACAAUGUGGCAUCCCCCAUCUUUCCCCCCAAACUAAACUCUACAUGGGCGUAUGGAACCACAAGAAUUACCUUCCCGAAACCGGCAGAGAUGCGGAGGGAAAGAUUAAAGUGUGGAGCACAGAGGCUUCUUUCCGAGAUCUCGUCAUGCCGCCGGAGAAAAACAAGCUGUGUCGCUAUGGUGACCCUUUCAAGGGAGGCAAUAAUGCCAUCAUUCGAUAUGAGGCUGCUAUAGGAUCUGCCACUGGGUUAUCAAACAUGGUGGACUUUCAACCGGUACACACUCCCUGCAUCCCAUGUCUGAAGCCAUGUGACGUGUACACCUGUGACAACGUCUGUGACAGCUCCACCACCAGCCAAGUGAUCAUCUCCCUCACCAACCUCACUCUCACAGAAACAUCCCUUAUUGAUAAUGAGUUCAAACCAGUCAUUCACUACCUAACAGUGAAGGCAGUGUUAGGUUCUGGGGCAUCUGCCAUUGCCUCAUCGGAUGGUUUCUAUGUUGACACCACGCCGCCGGUCUUUGAGGAGGAUGUAUUCUUAUACUUUGACGUAUCUCAGGGCGAGUUCACCCCUGUGAGGUACCAAGGGUCAAAUGACACAAUCAAAGCUGUGUGGAAGUGUAGUGACAAUACGAGUGAAGUCGUGGAUUACCAAUGGUCUAUUGGAACCACACCAGGCGGAACUGACAUCAUGGAAGCGACCUCUAGUGGGGAAAAUCCUGGUGCCAUCAAGAGUGGUCUCACCCUGGAACAUAACACAACAUACUACAUCUCUAUCAACUGUACAAACGGAGGUGGACUGAAGACAAAUUACAUAGACACAAAAGGUGUGACAGUUCUUCUUGAGCCUCCACCUGCUGAAGAUGUCAACAUGACAAUAGAGGGCGCUGAGUCCCUGGGUGACACAGUCGUGCCACCCAACUCUUUGAAAACCCAGGACCAGAACUCUGUCAGCGCGUCAUGGACCGUCAGUCCGGAUGAAUCUGUGAGGCGAUAUGAUUUCUGUGUGGGUAGUUCUGAGGCCUCCAUUGAUGACAUCUUCCCCUGCACGUGGGUGGGCUACAACAUGUCUGGGACAGUCACUAUCAAGGACGGUUUCUUGAAGAUAGACGACAUCAAUAUUAGAAAGUUGAGUGAAUACAGACCCGAAUAUAAUGACACCAUGAACUACACAGAUGCCAGCGCCUUUACUAUGCCACCGGGUAUGGAGAUGUUUAUUUUCAUGAAGCUUUGUAACGAGGCAGAGUUGUGCACAAGGAAGCUCCUCGGAUCCUCGGUCGUCGAGACGGACAAGUCAACGUUGGUGACAUCGACAAAUGGGUCAUCUGUUACGGCUUCUAUUGGAGGAUCUGGAAAUACCCGGAAGAAGCGGGCAACAGGGGAUAUCACUGUUCAGACACCGGAUGGGAUGAUGCCUGGACAGAGUAUUGUUUUAACCCAGCUGACAAAGCAGGAUCUGGAAAAGGAAUACAAGUCUGAUGCAUCGACAGAGUUCGUUCCAUACAUCACCAACCCUGCCACAUCGAUGCCUGACCCUGCCUUCCUGGACCGGAUUCUCAGACGAAGAGUCAACUACAGUGACACCGACAUCUCCUUCUCUGUCACCAGUGUUGGUGGUCUUGCAAUGCCUGGUCCGCUCACUGUGACCUUCCCCUUCAACCCAGACAACCAGGAUGAUGUCGCCAUGUUGUUGCACUGGGAUCCAGCCAAGCAGAAAUGGUUUCAAAGCAACGCCACAUGCAGGUUCGAGUUGAACACUGAAGUCCGCAGUUCGACCACCAACCAGAUAACAGUCAAGGUUUGCAAUACCAGGGCGACUGAAUCAACAAGCGGUACCCCAAGUGACACUUUCUUCAGUCAUGAAACACUCUUUGUAGUGACCAAUGUCCGUGCAUCCAUACCUAAUGAUCCACCACAGUUGACAUCCACAACCUCUGUCUCAAUGGAGGAAGAUUCUGGCACCCUGAUUUACCAGCUGUCUGGCGUUGAUCCUGAUGGGGACAUAGUCAAGUUUAGAAUCGACCCAUCAUCUGAUGUAGCAAGUACAAGGGACCUGACGCUGACACCAAAUGGCCUCUUGACCUUCACACCGGCCUUGAACUACUACGGAACCUUUACUGUUCCGGUCGUCCUUUACGAGGUGGAUGUUGUGGACAUCCCCGCCGCCUCCACCCUUGUCAUCAUCGCCAUCCAGGUCACAGCAGACAACGAUGCUCCCAGCGUGUUCGCCUUCAGUGGAGGAGUUAGCCUCAUUCUGGCUGACCCAACUGCGCCUAUCAUGACACUAAUCGAGCAAAACCUUGUCAACGACAGCUCCAUCACCUACGAGUGGAUGUUCGGUGCUUAUGACGUUGACCCUGCUGAGAAUUUGACAAUGUACUUCACCCAGCCCGGCAAUGGGACGCUCACAUAUGAUGACGAGUCAGCACAGGUGCCAAACUGCUCGGCAGAAACGACUGGCAUCCUUUGCUCCAACUUGUCUCUGCCUCACUCCCCCACUGCAGUCAGCUGGAUAUACAGAACAUUCCAGUACAUCCCAGACACUGGUUACACUGGGUACGACGAGGUCCGGAUGUACACUCAGGAUAAGGCGGGAGUCUACUCCGAUGUCAUCACAGUCAGACUGGCUGUCAUGGCCAGGCCUUGCCAGAACGACGGAACAUGUUCAAGCAGAAACGAGAGUCUGUACACAUGCAACGACCAGCGAAGGGCUGAAAGUUUUGACCGCUACUACACCUGUGCAUGCGCACCGGGCUGGACGGGGAGUCGAUGCGAGCAGGAUGUGGACGAGUGCUUCAGCAGCCCUUGCAGUUGGCCAUAUACCUGCUAUAACGAUGUCAACAGAUACUACUGUGCAUGUCCAGAAAACAAGCCGAACUGUGAUGGCUUUGAGUCGUGGAUGAUCGGGCUGAUAGUUCUGGCAGUGAUCCUGCUUGUCAUAAUAUCAGUACUGGCAUGGUACAUCUUUAUGGUCAAACGUGGCCGUCUGAAGUGGUCCACAUGUUUCAAGAAACUGAGGUGCCGGGCCGGUAGCCAGACUAGUAGUGAAGGAAAGGACACUGCUUUUGUAAACCAGGCUUACCAGGAUUCUGAUGGAGAUGAGCUUUCCUUGGAUGAACCAUUCCGGCGACAUUCCCAGGAUUCAGGUGCAUCAUGGGUAAUCUAUGGUGGACGCCCUGACCCCACCUGUGGUACCACCACUCCUGAUCAGAGAAGAAUUCGUUCUGUCCCAUCGGAAAUGAAAGGUUCAAGAAAGCAGCAGAUCCAGAACCCUUAUGAGGAUUCUUGGAACCGGCCACUGUCAGGGGAGAUCACUCUGAAUGAAGAGAUCUCCCAGGUUGCAGAAGUUCUGAGCCCCACUCCAAGAACACCAGUGGGGUCAAAAAGCAUCAUCAGUCCUGUCUUUGAGCCAGAGCCAGAUUAUUUCACACAGUCAGGAAAUAUGUAGUGAUAUUUAUGUUGUUUCAUUUUAGUUUUAAAUAUUUCAAUCAUAUUCAAAUUUUCAAACAAGGCUAGUAUGAAUGACUGUAACAUUUAUAGUAAAAUUUAAGUCACUCGACACCACUGCCUUUUAAGAUUGGGAUCAAACAUAUUAAUUUACUAAAAUAUAACAUUAACAAAUUCUGUAAAAUGAGACAUUCCUGAAACUGGUGUUCUUGUGUGGAUCAGUUAUAAAGUACAUGAACUUUUUGAGGGUGCUGUAGUCAUGCUAGCAGUGUAUUUUUUAUUAUAUUUUUGUAAAACUGAAAUUUGUAUUUUUGUACUGAGAUAUCAUGUCACUAUUAUUAAUUUGAACUCCUGUCCUUCAUUGAAAUCCAAGAUUUGGUGAUAAGUCUUCACACAUUUUAUGAAUUUUACACUGAUAAUUUUUAUUUUGAGAUUGCCCGAACAAACACUCUUCCUAUAAUGGUAAUUGCAAUUUUUAAAAGAUGGGCUUUAUGAAUACAUAAGCAUGAAAAAAAUAUAUCAGCUGUUUUUUGUGGACCUCCUUGACUUGUAAAUUAUUGAUAGCAUUGAUGCUGUCUGUUGUGUACUGAUUAAAACAAAUACAUGAGUGACUUACCAAACACACCUCUUUUUACUUGUCUUCUUUGCCCUGUUUUCUGGCAGACCUCAUGGACUGUAACUUUACGCAGUCUUACGUUUGUAAUGAGAACUAUGAAUAAAGUCAUCUUGGAAG